GAUCACUGCCUAUGUCCGAUUUUAUACUUAAUCGGAAUUUGAAGUUUCUGUAAAAUUUCUAACCUCUUCUGCAACGAAUGUUCCGGUAUUUACUAGUUUAAAAUUCAUUCAUUCGUGUUAGUACUUAUUUAACCUAGUAAAAAUAAUAUGAUGUCGCGUUCAGUGCGAGCAGAGACUCGUAGCCGUGCUAAAGAUGACAUUAAACGUGUAAUGCAAGUUGUUGACAAGGUUCGCCAUUGGGAAAAAAAAUGGGUAACGAUAGGUGAAACAACUAUGAAAAUUUAUAAAUGGGUACCAAUUUCGACUCUUGAUCAGAAGAAGAAGGGAAAAACUGGAUCGGAUAAAGAAAACGGAUUACCUAGGAAAGGUGGAAUAGAUAAUUCUAAUUCAAAUUUUGGCCUAACAGAAGACUCAAAUACAUGUUUUUCAACAGUAAGUGAUUCUCAAGGAUUGACUGAUUUCUCAACACAUUUAGGAUUUUCUGAAGAUUCUAAUUCUCAAAAUAGUGAACCAACCCCUAAGAGGUUAAAGACUGAUUAAAAUUAUAAUUAUAUUUAUAAAUCGAAAAAAAUAAAAUGUUUAUUCAUUUUUUAAUUUCACAAAUUUUCAUAUAACGAGUUUAGGUUGAAAAAAUAGUCUCUUAAAUAUAUGAAGUAAAUUGUAUUUAGAGAAUUCUAUACUUCAUAAUUUUAUAAAUAAUGGAUUUACAACACGAAGUGUUCUUUAAAUGAAUGGAAAAAGAAAAGUAGGAAAAUUUUUGUUACUAAAUUUCAUUCAUAUCUAGGGAGACAUUAAAUAAUGUACCAUACAAGAAAUUAAAUCUUGAAAACAUUUCAUAUUAUGUAUAGUAAGGUUUAUUUUUUUACAUAUAAAUUUACUAUCAAUUUUCUAAGUGAAUUUAAAUGUUAUGCAUUAAUAAUAUUUUGAUUUAGUGAAACAAGUUUUAUUGAUAAUGAAUGUGCAAUCCAUUUAUUAUUUAUUUCAAAUAUUCUGGUAAUAAUAAUAAUAAUAAUAAUAAUAAAUGUUUAAAGAAUUUUAAAUCAUGGAAGUAACAAUUUUAUAUUAAAUGUAUUGUACAUUCAGAAGUGUUUCAGUAUUGUAUUGAUUUUGCAAAAAAAUUUAUGUUUGUAUAAUUCGAAUGGUGCGCUUAAGAAAUCUUUUUUAAAAAGGUUGUCAUCUUUUUUUAUGUAAAAUAUUAUGUAAAUUAUAUCUUGACAUGUAGACACAUACGCAUAUAUAUUAUUUUUCAAAUGAAUUCUAAUGCAAAUUUACUAUUAUACUUCUUCAUUGUACAUAUUUCAAACAUCGCAUUACAUGUCGAUUAAGAUUUUAAGGUCACUUGCAUUCCUUCACAUUUUAUUAUAGCACCGUGACAUGUACAAAAUAAGCUCUUUAACUCUUAUAAAUAAAUAAUGCAAAUCACAUGUAUCAUCCAUGUUUUAAUAGGAUUUUCAGAUUAUGUAUGUACUCUAACGAAAUUGUUUAUAUUGAUAAUUAAUUUUUAAAUAAUAUUUAUAUAUUGAUUGAGACUUAGUUAUUGGCACAUUAAAAGUUAUUUAAAUUAAAUAAUUUAAACAACUUUAUAAUAUUGUAGAAUAUUCAUAUAUAUUAUUUUUAAGAAUCGCACUGUAGAAUGUGUAUAAAAACGUAUAUAAUUGUAAUGACCAAAAACUGA